AUGAUGCGCGUUCCUCUCAUUUUUCCCAUCUGCAUUGCCAGAAAAGGCCAGGGACGAACGGAUGAGAAGGAGUUUGGUGCCACUAACGAGUGGAGAUCGAAACAAACCUCAUCGCCCAAGCCCAAACCUAAGUCUUAUGCGCCAACCCCGACUCAAUAUGAAAACGCUCCUACCACAGUGUUACAAAAGUCGCCAAAUAUCAGCAGUGUGCCACAGCCACGCCCAAAUCGAUGGGAAAUGCCUGAUAAUGAAUACAUAGAAGUAGUGAAACCAGAAGCGAGGCAUGAACCUCCUUCAUCCUCUCAGCCACAACCUCCAGUCAGAACGGAUUCAUCUGCUAACACUUUUGCACAUCCACCACCUCCAAUUCCUCGUUAUCGUUCCGCUUUUCAGAGCCUGGAGAAAUUCGUAGGUGGAAUUCAGGAGGAAAGGAACGAGUACAAACCACAUCAGGAAAACCGCGCUCCGAUAAACAACGAAACAAGUCAGACAAGAAAUUUAUAUGAGCGAAGAGGGAAUGCUGAUUACCAACAGGAUCGCAAUGAAAGAAAAGGAAGUACUGAUUACAAACAGGAACAGUACCAGCGGAGAGGGAAUGCUGAUUACCAACAGGAUCGAAAUGAGAGAAGAGGUGAUACUGAUUACCAACAAGAUCAGUACCAGCGGAGAGGGAAUACUGAGUUUCAACGGGAUCGAAAUGCUGAACUCGACCAGGAUCGAAACGAGCGCAGGGGAAGUGCAGGAUUUCAGCAGGAGAGGUAUGAUCGCAGAGGGACUUCUGAAUUACAACAGGAUCGAGAUGGAUAUAGUCGUAAUGACCGUGCAGACCAGUCAUAUCGGGAAGCAUUUACCGGAAGGGAAAGCCGUAUACGCGAUGACCAAAGCUUCCGAUCUGUUGCGACAGAUCGACGUUUCGACGAUGAUUAUCGUGAUCGUUCCUAUUCGCAAAAUAAUCGGUUAACCCCUGAUGGUAGCCGGGUCAGGCCAUCCUUGCACCAGGCUACAGAUGCUUCCAUAUUCAAUCAGCCGAUCGAUGAAAGUUGCAUUCGACGUGAGCCACCCCGUGCCCCUUCUCGAAGCACUGUGAUCAGAGAACGUUCCCCUCUGCCCUCCGAACGUCUAGGAUUUGUUGGUUCGACUAAUCGUCCUCGUACAGAUACUCAGUAUUCUUCUGGAAGCACCGGUUUUCCACGCGACGGAUCACGUGAUUAUGAUCAGCGGGGUGACCGUGACAACUACAGAGGUUCUGAUUAUUCAAUGCACAAGCCUCUUAAUGACGUAGAAGGGUCUGCUACAAGGACAUCCGGUUUCACAAGUCGACAGGACAGUCGACAACAAAGCGUUCAAAGUCCUACGGCUAGCGUUGGUCCAAAAAAUGACUCGAAACGUCUCGUGAGUUUUCUAGUGUUUAUUGUGGUAAAUGGCUAG